GAGCCCUCCGUGCUGUAGCUGCCCCUGACUCACCACCACAACAACAACAACACAAGAUGACAGAGCAGCCAGCAGGUGUUCACGUGUUCACCAUGGACGGUGACAACUUUUGGGACACUGAGGAGUCUGAUGAGUGGUUUUUUGACUCAAUAGCAAGGUAUGAAGACUUGUUAAUGUAUGACGUACACGGUUUUGUGUCUUGUGCAACGUUCUGUAAUGACAGCAGACUGCUCUUGGCAGUCUCUAGAGAGAGCCGCCAUGAAAUCUGGGAACUUGGUUUUCCCGAGAAAUUGAUUACAAGGAAGGAUGCAGGCCUUAUUAAGAAUCGAGACUUUAAUCUGCUGGCAGCUGGCUUCACUGAAUGUUUGGCUAAGCAAAUGUUGUAUGUGCCAUCUAGUGUGAUUAUCUCAGGCUCAAGUGGUGUGCUCCUCUACUCUUUGCCACAGUCCAAGUCUGAGUCAGAUGUGAUGAGUUUAACCAAGACCUUGAGGAGUGAUGUGAAGGAUGCCUCCUUGGCAUUAUCCAGUGCUAGUGUGUACUCCGGUGCAUCUCUUUCAUCCAUUUCUCGUUUUGAUCUGAAUUCGUGCAAAAUAUCUGAAAUGCCAAAAGUUCAAAACAAUACUUCAAACAGCAGUGUGUGGGACAGCAAGGAUGCAAUUAGUGAUAUGUCAUAUGUGAAUGAAAAACUGUUCAUAUGCCUAAGAGACAAAGGAAAUGUACUCUUGUAUGAGCCAAGAGUGGGAACAGUUGUGCAAGAAAUAGCAGGUUCCAAAAAAUCAGAGGAAAGGUGGACAAUGGAUGUUAGUUGUGAAGGAGACACUGUAGCUGUAGCAAAUUCUAGUGGUAUGUUAAGCGUUUAUGAUACGAGAAAUUACAACGAAGCAGUUUUUAUGGCUAGAGUGAAGGUGGAGGAAAAUACGAUGAGAUGCCAUGAAAUACGCAUCAGCCCUACCAGCUCACUUGUAUCAGUGUGUGGGUAUGACAAGAAUGUACACGUAUAUAAUUUCAAAACUCCCGAGGUGAAUAAUGGAAUAAUAUUUAGUCAUGAUGGCCAUAGAGGGCACAAUGUACAGAACAUUGUAACACACUUGUGGCAUCCAUCACAAGAAAAGCUUUUACUUUCUGCUGACAACACAGGAAAGCUCGAGACUUGGAGAUUUAGACAGAGCCAGUCCCAAAAUACAACAGCAUAGCAUAGUUUAAUUCAAAUAAUUUAUUGCAGUGGCUUACAAGACAUAUUGUAUAGUGUUUCAAGGUCAUUGAAAUUCCUGGAUAUAAUGUAGAUUUUGAUAUAACGUUUCAGUGUCAUAAAGUUCAAUUUUUUUAUGCAGUUUGUAUAAAUGAGAUACAUUGUUGUUGACAUAUUGUGUUAACACUGUUUCAUAAUAAAAAUAAAAAUUU